GCUGUUACUUCCAUAUUUCCAAGCUUCUAUAUACACUGCAGAAGAUAUGGAAGGCGUCAACGGAAAGGCCGGCGGCGGAGCGAGACACAACGAUAUCUCUGUCAAAUUUUGCGACCAAGGGCAACCUCUGCCUACGACACCCUUAAACCCUACAACGCCUUCGCCCUCUGCAUGCCCAUACCACUUUGUCAAGCUUGAAACGCCCUUGCUCCAAAAUAUUCCUCCGGGUGUGCACCCUCUCCAACAACUGGAAUACACGCCACUCUGCGACCUUCCCGUGGGCAUAUCCGGGGACUGCAAUGUUGGCACUGCGGCCUCUGCUGGAUGUGCCUGUGUGUACAAUUCUAACAUGUUGAACGACGCAAUGUUCCGCGAGCUGGAUGCCAUGACCCAGGAACCAAAGGAAAAGGAAAAAUCCCCGGCCUAGCGCCGCUACUCGGUGGUGUCAGCCACCCCAGCCUUCCACCUUUUCAUUUGUUCGAGCUGCGGGUGAUUCUUACGAGCAUAUGGCUCUCAUGAUGGUCAGAGG